CUUCACUUGAGUGGCCCACUCGACCUAGCUUAAUAUCUACGAGACAUCUUUGUUGUUCGCCAACCUACUAGCAAGCAAGCAUCUUCGAGGCAUCCUGAGAGAUCGAACCUCUUCGACCUCCAAUUCCAACCGCGCUGUCAUCUUCAACCUCGCAUUGCUUACCAGCAUAUUUUUUUUCUUCGACAAGCCGGUCAUACAAGCUUGGAAAUUUUCGUCAAAUAUCGGCCAGUUUUGAGAUCUGGAUGUGUUACUCGAGCCAGUGCAGGAUAUAGGAAGUCUCUAGGACUGAGUUAUCUAGAGAUUGACCAUCAUCAAUCUCCCGACACGUCUAUCCAACCCUCCCUCCGUGCCUUUUGCAGGGCACGUAUAAUCCUUCAACACGGCUGUAUUAUCGCACAUCGCCAGGGACAGCCUCGUCCCGCCGCAUCUUCUCGGGAUGCAGGAUAUAUCUGGUCCCCAGUCCGGGCCCAGCGCCCCAACUGGUCGCUUCGGCCAUGCUUCCAAGCCUUCGAACAGCGAUACUGGCUUCUCCCAUGGUGCCUUUAAUUCCAACGUCACAGGCUUUGCUGACAGGCAUCCUCGGCGCGGGAACAUUCCCACCAUUAACACCCAGCCAAUCUCCCAGCAAGCCCCUACGAAUGGCGCCGAUAUGACGACCCCCGGCACCGCAUUUGAUAUGCAGUUCACGCCACUGCUCCCCUCGCAGUUGCUUCUCGGCAGUCCCUUCCAACCCGGUUCUCCGGGAGCCUUCGCCAGCCCUCAUUUCCAGACCCUGCAAGGCUACCAGCAAGUCCAGCAAGCGAAUGGCCAGCACCAGCAGCACCACCAGCAGCAUCUUCAGCAGCACCAGCACCACCAUCAGCAGAACGGUCUAUCCAGCCCGAGCCAGCAAAACAUGCCUUCGCAGGUCUAUCCGUCUGUCGUCUCGCCGUCCGCCUAUGGGGCACCCCAGUUCUACUCGCCCCAGUCGCCGACCAACUCGUACACGAACAUGGGCGGCCAGAUCCAGUUGCCCAUGCAACCAAACUCGCCCGUCUCCAUGGGCCCUGGCAUGGUCACUGGCACAAGCCGCACCGUGUACUUGGGGAAUAUCCCUCCGGACACCACCGCCGAGGAAAUCUUGGGACAUGUCCGCAGCGGACAGAUCGAAUCCGUGAGACUUCUCCCAGACAAGAACUGCGCCUUCAUUUCGUUCUUGGAUGCGAGCUCCGCCACUCAUUUCCACUCUGAUGCCAUCUUGAAAAAGCUCUGCGUCAAGGGCCAGGACAUCAAGAUUGGCUGGGGCAAGCCCUCCCCGGUUCCGACCUCCGUGGCACUCGCGGUCCAGCAGUCGGGCGCUUCCAGGAACGUCUACCUUGGCAACCUCCCCGAGGAUAUCACCGACGACGAGCUUCGCGAGGAUCUAGGCAAGUUUGGCGCCAUCGACACGGUCAAGAUUGUCCGGGAGAAGAACAUUGCUUUCGUUCAUUUCUUGUCCAUCGCAAAUGCCAUCAAGGCCGUCUCUCAGCUUCCCCAGGAGCCCAAGUGGCAGUCUCCUCGUCGCGUCUACUACGGAAAGGACCGAUGUGCCUACGUCUCUAAGACUCAGCAGCAGAACGCGGCCCAGUAUCUGGGCAUUGCUCCCGGAUACGCGCACAUGCUCACUGGAGCUGACCGAGACUUCAUUUCCAGCGCCUUGGCUCAGCAAUCCGUGGCUGCUGCCGCUGUCGCAACAACCGCUGGCGGAAUCAACAACCUGGGCAACAGGACGAUCUACCUCGGAAACAUCCACCCGGAGACGACCAUUGAGGAGAUCUGCAACGUUGUCCGAGGUGGUCUCUUGCAUCACAUCCGAUACAUUCCCGACAAGCAUAUCUGCUUUGUUACCUUCAUCGAUCCCACAGCGGCUGCGUCUUUCUAUGCGCUGAGCAACCUUCAGGGCUUGAUGAUCCACAACCGUCGGCUGAAGAUCGGUUGGGGUAAGCAUUCCGGUGCUCUCCCGCCAGCCAUUGCUCUAGCCGUGAGCGGGGGGGCUUCGAGGAACGUGUACAUCGGUAAUCUGGACGAGACCUGGACCGAGGAGAGGCUGAGGCAGGAUUUCUCCGAGUUUGGCGAGAUUGAGCUGGUCAACACGCUCCGUGAGAAGAGCUGCGCCUUCGUCAACUUCACCAACAUUGCCAACGCCAUCAAGGCCAUCGAGGCUGUCCGAAGCAAGGACGAGUACAAGAAGUUCAAGGUGAAUUUCGGCAAGGAUCGAUGCGGCAACCCCCCUCGUCAGUUGCAGCAGUCUCAGUCUCCCCGCAACGAGAGCGUACCUUCGCCCCCUCCUCAGGCGUCGAGCCAGGGCGGUGGUUCCCCGACCAACGCCGCGGCUCCAGCUGCUCCUCCCAUGUUCAACACGGCGAGCAACCCCCUGACGAUGUACCUGAACCACGUGUCGCAGCAGGCCCAGCAACAGCAGCAUCAGCAGCACCACGCUCUGGCAGCCCAACAAGCUGCGCUGUUCGGAACGGCAGCCUCGUCUCCGAACGAGAUGACUCUGGAAGUUCCACAGGGACCAGUCAUCUCCGGCCACCAGCAGUCAGCUAGCAUCUCCAACGGAUACAUUACGAACCCUUCUUCCGGCGCCACCACUAUUGGCGGUCUCCUUGCCCCCGGUAACCCGCGUGGCCAGCACAACCGAGCCGUCAGCCUGCCAGUCUUGGCCCCCGGUUUCGAGAACGGUGGCACAAGUCCAAACAGCGCCCAGGGCAGCAUCGUAGGUGGUGAGGGAGAGCGCCGCGGGCACCAGUACCAGGCCAGCUUUGGCGGGAUGGGUGCUGGUUUCGGCCUUGCCAUCCAAGGCGGUCUGAACGGUUGGGUUGAAGAGGAGGUUGCCAACUAGACCAAUGGAGAACAAAGGACUAGCUCGCAACAAAAACGAAUAGUGCGCGGACGAAGACAAGGCGGGGAAGAUUGACUAGACCUUUGUAAUCUGUUGCGUGAUUUG